CAAUUUUACGCGUGGCAAAAAAAAACAGGCGAUAACUAGUUUGGAAAAAAAUAAACUUGACUUCAAGUACGUCAAGUUUUAGGUGGGAACAUUGAGCUUAGGAAAAUAGUUGUGUACACCUAAGCGUAAACCGUAAAAUUACAAUGUGACAAAUGACAGAGUUCAAGUAUAAAUAAAAUCCGUUAAAGGCUAAACAAUGUUUUCAGUUGACCGUUUUCGUUUUAAUGAGUAUAAUAUAUAUAAAUAAAUUAAGAAACGCAUAAAUAAACAACCAAUAACAUUGAAUAGGUUUAGUCACAAUAAUUAGGGGUUUUUAAGUUUCACAGAAUGUUUACAGUGUUUUCGUUAAUUGCAUCACGCGGUAUAAGAUGAAAGUAUAGUCGUUGCUAAGAUUGUCUAUGACCGUCGACCUCAUUUGUAAUCACAAUAUUAUGAGAAACAGAUGUGUAACUCAAGAUCAGCAGCUCUGACGAAUACAACAAUACCGGUUUAACACAAUUGUAAAUCAAUUGCAACAACACGGCGGCAUGCUCUAUUUAACAAAAAUGGGCUUUGUUAUGACUCUUUUGGUCGCAUCACUUGGUGGCGAACAUGUUAAAAUUGGACCUUGUGUUUUAGUCAUUAAACCUACUUGUCCCGAUCCUACAAUCAAAUUUUAUUUAUAUACAAGACUAAACAAAUUUGAUCCAGAUAUUGUUACUGUAGAAAAUAUAACCAAUUCAAAAUUUCAACCCGCUCAGCCUAAUAAGCUUAUUGUACAUGGAUUUAACAGUAAUUGGAAAUUGAGUCAACUUCAACAAAUUAAGAAUGAAUACAUUGAAAAUGCAGACGUCAAUGUUUGGAUGAUUGAUUAUGCACUACUAUCAGCUGGACCGUUGGUAUGCUAUCCAGCAGCAGUGUACAACCUUCCAUCGGUCGGAAAAUGCGCUACAGACAUGGUAAAGGCCAUUUUAGAGCACUCGGAGGCAAUAGAUCCCGCAGACAAAAUGCACUUGUUAGGAUUCAGCCUAGGUGCACAUCUCACUAGUCAAAUAUCAUUUCAACUAGCUCCGACGAGGCUAUCGCGGAUUACUGGUUUGGACCCAGCUUUACCAUUAUUUUACUCUUGGAAUAGAAACAGACAGUUGAGUAAAGCCGAUGCAGAUUUUGUAGAUGUUGUUCAUACAAAUGCAUUAGUCGAAGGACAACUAAAGCCGAGUGGACACGUUGAUUUCUAUGUUAACGGAGGAACUUCACAACCGGCUUGCGUCAACGCAAGUAAUCCUAUUAAAUGUAACCACCAUAUGGCUCCUGAGUACUUUGCGGAAAGUAUUAACACGGAAAAAGGUUUCUGGGCAUGGGAGUGCUCAAAUGUAUCGGACUAUUAUGACGGAAAAUGUCCUCCUAAAGGCAAACCUCGACUAAUGGGAGAAUUUUGCAAGACAAAUUCUAGUGGACUUUAUGUAUUAAACACAGAAAAAAAACCACCUUACGCGAAGGGGAAAUGGUCAGAGGUACAAUCAGCUGAAUACUUCUUCUAACAGCGAUACAAAAAUGAACAAAUUGUAUGAAGUUACCAGCAAAGCCAUUUGAAAUAAUAACAUUGUUGUUUGUAUAUAUUUAAUUGUAUUAUUAAUUUGGAUCUAGUCCUAAAAUAUGUAUUUUGUCAGGAUCAUGAAUCUAGUCUGGAUAAGGUUAUUCCAUCACUUUAUCCAGUAAAAAUUUAAAUACCAAUAUUUGUUACCAACGAAGGAAUAAUACAAUAAAGAGUGUAUUUAUCUAAUUUUGACAAAUUCAGAUUUAAUAAAUUUGGAUUUGACCAAUCA